AUGCUCACCUUGUCUGCCGCUGGAGUCAUCUCGACGACGAUCGAGGCCAUCCUCUACGGAUACUCAGUGUUCAUGUUUAUGCUCGCGAUGUGGAUCAUGCUGCGCGACAGGAAGAAACGGCGGGUAAACUGGUGGAUGGUCGCCGCCGGUGUUGCUCUACUCCUCUUCUCUACGGCGGAAAUGGCAUGCAACAUCGGCAGAUUGUACAUCGGCUUGCUCACAGUUGGGCCAACGUUCCCCGGAGGAAGCAAUGCCUUCUUCGCCGAAGUCUCCGAAACGACGUUUGUAGUCAAAAGCUGCCUCUAUAAUACGCAAACUCUCAUUCUCGAUGCUGUCGUGAUUUAUCGCACCUACAUAGUAUGGCAAAGAAUAUGGGUUGUUAUCGCUCCUUGUAUUGGCUGGGGAGGCCUUUUUGGUACGCUCGAUUAUGAGGUUGGCCCAUCUUCAGCAACGUCGAUAGGCUUGAACUGGGCGCUUGCGACCGCUAGCCAGCAUAAGAACGACGUCUUCGCCGCCGAGACCGGUCGCUGGAUCACCGCACUGUAUGCUCUGACGCUAGCAACAAAUUUAUCUUCCACUCUCCUUCUUGCCUCACGCAUCUGGACCAUCGCACGACGUUCCGCACAAUAUCGUGCCAACAGCAUCUUCACACCCGUCCUACGCGUCAUCAUUGAAAGCGGGGCCAUAUACUCGAUGACAAUAACCGCCGCCCUCAUUGCUUUCGUCGUUCAAUCCCCCGGGGUGUACGUCAUCCUCGACAUGAUCUCGCCCAUCAUUUCCAUCGUUUUCUACAUGCUCAUCAUCCGCGUUGGCCUCGCCGGAGAGCGCGCCCGCUCCUCCAACAAUGACUCUUCCACCCACCGGAACACGACCUGGCCGAGCAGCGGCCGCGGCGCGCGCCGCACCGACGGCUCGUACGUCAUGCAAGACCUCAAGGUCGAGAUCACGCAGGUCAUCGAGGACGACUCAGACUUCGACCCGCACUCGCACCACAGCGCGCUCGAGUCGGUCCUCGACCCCGAGCUCGGCACAAAGCCGGCGCCGGCGCCGCAGCGCGCGGACGAAGAGAGCGGCGACAUAGGCGAGGGGUCUUCGCGCGACUCGGAUUCGUUUGUCGCCGCCGCCGUCCCGCCGCCGCUCGGCGUCGCGGCGGGAAAGGCGGUCGACCGCGGGUACGGACUAUGA